AUGACCAUGAAUAUAAAAGAAUUAUGUCGACUGUGUGCAAAGGAAGACGAAUUUACAAAAGACCUGUUACACGACAGCAAUCAGAAUCUUCUUAAACUUAUCAAAGAAUACGUGCAUAUUGUUGUCAAUGAUGAUGAUGAAUUACCCACAAAGAUUUGCCUCAACUGUGAAGAAAAAAUGGUCGACUUUCAAUUGUUUGUUUUAGAAUGUGGCAAAGUUCAAAAAUCUUUAAAAGAUAUGUGUGGAAGUAUUCCAAUAAAAUUGGAAGAUGUUCUUGACAUAGAAGUUCCUCAAAUUAAAUCUGAGGUUAAAGUUGAAAUUACACCAGAAGACAUUGGGUGUGACAUAAAUAAUGGGGCUUCAUUAUCAGAAUUUGAGGGUGAUGUGGAUAUUGAAGAUGAGGACUAUGUCGACACUGGUGAUGACUUUGAUGAUGGGGACUCCUUGGAUGAUGUCUCUAUUGCCUCUUUGAAGAAAAUGAAGAAGAAACGUUUAAAGAGAAAGCCAUUGACUGAAGAAGAAGCAAAUGAAUUUCAAAAAGUUUUACAAAGUUCGAAUUUUAAAGUUAAAGAUAUUGUAAAAUUAAAAUGUGAUGUCUGCGAAGAGUCUUUCAAGUCUUGGAGUGCAUUACGUGUUCAUUAUGCAAAGAGUCAUAAAAGCAAGCCUCUUGUGUUUUGUAUCUGUGGGUUCAUCAUAAGAUCAAAAAGUGUCCUUUACAAACAUGUUUCCGAUCAUAAGAUUGAAGGCAGAAAGUUAUGUAAAAAUGUGGAUUCUGAUACAGAUAAGCUAGAUGAAUUAAAAUACGCCCGGCUUAAUGUUAAAGAUUUUAUAAAUUUUGUAUGCAAUAAUUGUCAGAAAGCGUAUUCGAGUUGGUACACAUUGAAGGCGCACUGUCUAAAGGAUCAUAACAUUUUACCAGUAGUGAAUUGUGUAUGCGGAAUUUCAUUAAAAUCCAAAUCAGUUAUGUAUAAACAUGUUCAAGACCAUAAAAACCCGAAUGUUUUAGCUUGUGAUAAAUGCCCGAGGAUAACCAAGACAAUAGAAGCGUUGAACAAACACAAAAUGAGACAUAUACCAAAGUCAGAGAGAAGAUUCUGUUGUUCAUCCUGUAACAAAACAUUCAACAGUAAAGACACUUUGAAAUCACAUGAAAAAUCGCAUAUACCAAUAGAGGAGAGAAAAAUAUUCCACUGUGACAUGUGCGAUAUGAAGUUCACGACGCGUUCGUCGGCCGCGUCACACAAGCGAGUCGUGCACGAAAAGAUCAAGAGUUACGUGUGCGAUCUUUGCGGGUACGCGUGUGGGACCAACGGCGAGUUGCGUCAGCAUCGAGCCAUACAUAGCGACGACAAGCCUUACGUUUGCAGAAAGUGUUCCAAGCCGUUCAAAACAUAUUCAAAUUUGAAGACGCACAUGGACACGCACGAGGACACGUCGUACGCUUGUUACGUGUGCAGCCGCGUACUGAACAGUCGUCGCACGCUGCGCAAGCACUUGCUAGUGCACGAAGACAAGUGUCAGCAUGUCUGUUCCUACUGCAACAAGGCAUUUAAACGACGUCAGACCUUAAAGGUCCAUAUGCACAUGCACACGGGCGACAAGCCGCUGGCGUGCAAGUGGUGCGACGAGCGGUUCGCGUACGCGUCCACGCUGCGCUCGCACCGGCUGCGCUGCCACCCGGACAAGAUGGCCGCGCAGUCGCACGCGCCCUCCUACGACGCGCUCGCGCAGGCGAUACACCACGAAUUACUCAAAAACGAUACAUCAGCGAAUAUAACCAAGAAUGAAGUAGAAGCUAUUUAG